AUGUGCAUAAAAAGAUCUCACACGGGGGAGAAGCCGUAUUCCUGCCCUGAGUGCGGGAAGUGUUUCCGUUACAAAUCUGGUCUUAAUAUCCAUAAAAGAUCUCACACAGGUGGGAAGCCUUUUUCCUGUCCUGAGUGUGGGAAAUGUUUCCCCUUGAAAUAUUGCCUUAUUGUCCAUAAAAGAUCUCACACAGGAGAGAAGCCUUAUUCCUGUCCUGAGUGCGGGAAAUGUUUCUGUUCUACCAGUAUGGUCUUAAUACAUCAGAGAUCUCACACGGGUGAAAGCCAUAUUCCUGUCCUGAGUGCGGGAAAUGUUUUUUCACAAAAGUCUGAUCUUUACAGACAUCAGAGAUCUCACACACGGGGGAGAAGCCAUUUUCUUGUCAGUGCGGGAAAUGUUUUUUCACGUAAGUCCAGUCUUUACAUGCAUCAACGAUCUCACACGGGCGAGAAGCCAUAUUCCUGUUCUGAGUGCGGGAAAUGUUUUUUCAUGUAA